AUGGUCACACAACUUGUUUUGGUUGAAGCUGUGCCUGCAUUGCUUGAGGUUAUUCAGGUGAAUUCGACAUCUUCAUCUGAGUUUGGAAGAGAAGAGGAAAAUGAAAGCCCUCGAGAAAAGAAGAUCAGUCUUAGCCCUUCACAUGCUAGAGACAUUCACGAGGAGGAGAAGGCAGAAGCUGAUUGUAUAAUAGCAGAUGAUGGUGAAACAGAGUUAGAUGAGAAAGAAUUUGAGUGGUCUGAUGAAGAAGAGGAUGUUAAGGUGUCCAACCUAUUAAAACUAAUCAAUGAAGAGCAUAACUUUUGGUGUAGUGAGUUUGGAGGAGGAGUUACAAAGGCUGAUGUUGUUCGUAUGAUUAAAGAAGCUAAGGAAAAUAAUGCAAAAGCCAAACAAAAGAAAUUGGAUGAAAGCAGAAGUUUUAGAGGGUAUUAUUGGAUAUCUGGAGAAGCUGCUGAGGAAGCUUUAGGUGGUGUUCUUUGCCAUAAGAGCAAGAGACAGAAAAUAAUCCCUCCUAAUCUUGUGGGAGAUUACCAAUGUGACAAGCGUCUGCUCCAUCGGGUUGGAGAAGACAAUUUUAUUGGCCUAGUAGAGGGGAAUGGUGAUGAUUACUUGGAGAAAUUUGGCAAGUUGAGUGAAAAGUUGAAGGGAAUGCAGAUUCUCAAUCUUGGAGGCGUUUCUGUAACCGGCAAAGACUAUGCUGAUAUAGCUGGUAGAUACAAAUGCCUACCCCUAAAGCUGCUCGGGAAGCAAUGUCCCCAAGUUUUAAAGGAGAGUGUCUUUUUUGACACAAAAUUUGUUUUGUUGCUUCUUAAGAACUUCUCCAAGUUUUCCAAACUUGAAAAUAAAGAAGGCCACAAUUUCCCCAAGCAGCUUCUUAAUUACUUCGGUGAGGACAAUGUCAGCAAUGUGGAUGCUGACCAUAUUUACUUUCCGUUCAACUUGGACAAGAAUCAUUGGAUAGGUGUAUGUGUUGACUGCGUGGUAUCCACAGUCUAUAUCUUGGAUUCUGAUGUGGCACUACACAAUGACAGUUUAAUUUCAAAAGAGGUGAACCCUAUAGCACAAUUGUUCCCAUAUUUUCUUAAGGAGGUUGGGCUAGUCCAUCUACCAAAGGAGCUUAAAUCUUUUAGUGUUGAGAGGCCUAAAAACAUCCCGCAGAAUGGAAAUCAUGCUGACUCAGGUGUCACCAUUGUGCUACUUUUACAUGCUCAUGCAAUUGGAGGUUUUGAAGUUUGUAGUUCUAUCACAGCCGACGUUUUGCCAGCAGUGACUAAGAAGCUAGCAGUUAUGAUGUUUGAAGCGCACUAUGAUCCGUUGUAG